CCUUCCUAGAUGUGAUUGGCGGAGAGCUAUAGAGGCUCGGUGACGUCAGGGCGGAGCUUAGAGGAACCGCAGUGGAUCGUCGCGAGCGAGACCAAGCGAGAGCGCGCCGCGAGCAACACACGCUUCUGCUCCUCUCCGAUACACAGUUUAUCCAUCGUUGACUGCAGCAAAAUGCCAUUGGGAGAGGAUGGACACUCUUGGAAAAAGAAAACCUCAAACAUCAAGGAAAUCUAUGACUUCAAAGAGGUUUUGGGAACCGGGGCUUUCUCCGAGGUGAUGCUCGCGGAGGAAAAGAGAACGAGGAAACUCGUGGCGAUAAAGUGCAUCCCGAAAAAAGCUCUGGAGGGGAAGGAGAACAGCAUCGAGAAUGAGAUCGCCGUGCUCCACAAGAUUAAACAUGCCAACAUAGUUACCCUGGAGGACAUAUUUGAGAGUAAAUCACAUCUCUACCUUGUCAUGCAACUGGUGUCCGGCGGUGAACUCUUUGACAGGAUUGUGGAAAAAGGAUUUUACACUGAGAAAGACGCCAGCAAGCUCAUUCAGCAGAUCUUAGAUGCUGUGAAAUACCUGCAUGACAUGGGCAUCGUGCACAGAGACCUGAAGCCAGAGAACCUGCUGUACUACAGUAUGGAUGAAGACUCAAAAAUCAUGAUCAGUGAUUUCGGACUCUCAAAGAUCGAGGGUUCAGGCAGUGUUAUGAGCACAGCAUGUGGUACACCUGGAUACGUAGCUCCUGAAGUUCUUGCACAGAAGCCGUACAGUAAAGCGGUGGACUGCUGGUCGAUCGGGGUCAUCGCGUACAUCCUAUUAUGUGGAUAUCCACCAUUUUAUGAUGAGAAUGAUGCCAAGCUCUUUGAGCAGAUUCUGAAGGCAGAGUACGAGUUCGAUUCGCCAUACUGGGAUGAUAUCUCUGAUUCAGCCAAAGACUUCAUUGUGCAUUUAAUGGAGAAAGAUCCCAGUCUGCGUUAUACAUGUGAACAGGCUCUUCAGCACCCAUGGAUUGCUGGAGACACAGCGUUGGACAAGAACAUUCAUGAGUCUGUCAGCGCGCAGAUCAAGAAGAACUUUGCCAAAAGCAAGUGGAAGCAAGCGUUUAAUGCGACAGCAGUAGUUCGUCACAUGCGCAGGCUGCAGUUGGGAACCAGUCAGGAGGGUCAGACGCAGUCCACUCUGCCCAGCCCCUGUCAUGGGCACCUGCUCCUGCCCGAAGGAGACGAGGAAGAGAGCUCCCUCAGGAGUGAAAACAACGGCUGUUCUGAGUGCGUCAGCGAUGGGAACGACAUUAAGAACUGCACCUACCACGUCCAUCCCACUAGUCGGGUCUGAGUGUCAAUCAUCCUGCAGUAACAAAUGACUGACUGUCCUGUUUUUACACUGGAGUCCUGCCACACCCCCAGUCUGGCCAGGAAUACUGAGUAGCUCCAGCAUCCUGCCACUAGGAGGCGCUGCAGUGUAAAGAACCCAGGUGGGAAUGGCGUCACUACUAUUCCAAUAGAGGGAUUCUGUUUAAUGAGAGGAGAGGUCAACAAAGAAAUGAGACAAGAAGAUUGCUACUGGUGCAUCAUGGGUAAUAUACGCGGGAGUUGUGGGAACUGGAUAGAGAUUGGACAGUGUUUUAAAACUCGUUUCGUUCUUUUAUCUCCUAAACUAAAUCUGUCUCCUGAACUUAUUUCUAAACUGACAGCAUUUUACAAAAUUCCAAUACGUUGAAGAUAAAUUGGGCUACACAAACAUACUAGGUUUUACAAUCAUGAAUUCAACGUUAACUGCAUUGUCACAUCUCAAGCGCUAAUGAAGUAUAAUUUGGAUUUUGUUUAUUGUAUGUUUAUUUCGCUACAGUAUCUUUCUCACAUCACAUGCUUUCGGUGGUGCCUUCAUGGAUUCAGUAUCAUCUUUUACUUUUACAUUUUUUAUUUGUCUCAUCAAAUGUUAAAAGCUGUAUACAUUAAAACAUACUGGUUUACCAUCAUGUACACCUGUACUAAGCUAUGCACUGUUUGUGGGCGCUUUGUAAAUUCAUCCUUGUAAAUACUGCACAGCUUUUGUUUUAUCUUCAUGUUUUUUAACCCCUUUUAUUACCUUAACCAUAAAAAUACUCAGGGGAGGAAUACAAUUAGAGAAUUUUGAUGUUUAAACAUAUUGAAUCUACAGUACACGCCACUACACGGCUAUGGUCCAAAUGAUAAAUAUAGGACUUUCGGAUCUGUAUUAAAGUGACCUACAUUUAAGGAUGCGAAUUUGUGACAUGACUUAAGUUUCAUGGUUUUGUUUGUUUCCAUUUACUGGGAGACAAAAAGAUUUGAGAUUGGUCAAAUAAUAGGAACCUUCAGAUGUUUAGGAAGAGACUUUUGUUUCACAUCCGUGUUGUUAUAAUGCAUUAGUUAGCCUAUGAAAAUUUAUCAAGACUCUCAAUUGUUUUUCGUCUUUAUUUGUAACAUGAAUAUGGAUUAUUAAUUUGUUGAUGCUUAAAUACAAAAUGAAAUGCAUACUGGAUUUGCAGUAGUUAAUGCAAACAUCAAGUCUCACCCCUUUCUAUUUUAGAUUUUUUUUUGGUUUUUUUUUGGAUAUGAUACAGUAUGCCAUUUAUUUAUAACAUGCAUGUAGUUCAGAACGGCAUGUGCAGAUUAAACUCUUUAUUCUGAGGCAGACUGGGUCUUGAAAACACACAGCGAUCUUUAUACCAUGACACAGGUUACAAAACUAAAUUGGAUAUAAAAAAAUCCAAUAAAAAAUAUAGUUCUUUUUAUCUCGCUUGAUAUCUGUUUUUAAAAAACAAGUAGAUGUGGUGGACACUAAUAUUGAAAAAAUACAAAACAUAUUCAAAUUAAAUGUGGCUAUGCCUGUAGUGUUGCUUGUACUUGACUUUCUGUAUUGAUCAAGCCAUUGUGGGUUCAAAGGUCAGAAAAUAAAACCAAUUUAUUGGAUGAAUUGUUUCUGUGGUAGCCUUAAAAAAAUAAUAAUAAUAAUCCUCUGCACAGUAAUGCAAAGAUGGCCAUGUGUACUUGAAUGUGUUAUAAAGUGAUACUGUAUGCUGAUUCUAGUUGCGACGCAGUUAUAAAGAGGACCUUCUGUUCAUUUGUUGGUACAGUCAAAACAAUAUCUAUUUUUGUCUUUAUUUCUGUCAGCAAAUUAUUUCUGGUAUAAAGUGCUCCCGAUGCUCACAAAUGAAUCAUUAUAUAAAACUAUUAUGCUAUUGUUCAAGGGUGAAAGUGUAAGCACCUCUCAAUGAAUACUGUAUGUUUCUGUAUGUAUCUAAGCAUGGUGUGAUUUAUGUAUAUAUAUACACAGUAUAGGAAGAUUAUUGUAAAUAGACAGAUGUACGCUAUUGUCAAAUGUAAAAUACUUGUUAUAUAUAUCUGUUCAUGCAAAUCCCUAUCAGUCAUAACCUGAGUUUCUCCACUAAAAUGGGUCAAUAUUAAAAUGGUAAAACUGUACUUUUUGGUAAAAGUCAUCCAGGUAUUCAUGCACACAGAAAAUGCACAGUAUAUACUGAAGAAACAGUCGUGUGUCAUUGCAAAUGUAGUUACUGUUCCCCCUUACAUUGGCAAAGGGCAUAGCUACCUCUUAAUCCGAUAAACGAUUGCUAAAAAGUUAUGGUUUGCAUUUUUUUGUUGGGUUUUUCUUUUCUUUUUUAGGUUUGGGAAUAACAUUUACCAAUGUAAAACAACUCAGGACUGCAUCAAUAUUGGAUUUAGAUGUUAAAUACAAACAAAAGUGCCCUACUAAAGUACAUCUGCAAACCCAAACAGUAUCAUUGGCCUUAUUCAAUAUGCAAAAUGAUUUUAAAGGGCUUGACUGCUUAAAAAACAUUGUCUUGCCAAUUUUAGCCUAUUAGUCUUACAGCGAAAUGUAGAUAUAAGGAGCUCAGAUGCAAACGCCGCUAGACACCACCACCGACACCGAACCCUCUCCUUUCACUUCAAAUCUGCUUAAUCCCAACCUCAGGCCAUUCAGAAAUACUUCAUUUGUUGGCAGAAUCUAUUGAAAAGCUUAUUUACAAGAAAACAUGCACAUAUUGUGUUUUGCAUCUAAGCUCUUUGUGUCUUCUAAGCAUUAUAUUUAUCUAAACAGGCAAUUUCUAAGCCAAAAUGUUACUUUAAAUUUCGCUUUCUAAAAAUGUCAAAAUUGUAUUUCAGGGUUGUCUUUGUUGACAGUAUGUUGUAUAUGUAUAAGCAUAGAAAUAUACAUACUGUGUUUAGCCUUUUUGUAAGACUUGUAUAAGCUGUUUUGAGCCUUUACUUGUAUGGAUGCAAUGCAUCAUAGGUAUUUACUGGAUAUUAUUCGUAAUGAAGUACUGCUCGAUAUUGACGCCAAUGAUUUGUACUUUUAAAACAUUUGUAACUGUAAAGUGCAUUAAACUUUCCUUGUCUAUG